UUCCGUUUCGGCUCUCCGUUGGGGCUCACAUCGUUUCAAUUGCCUUCGAUAGGCUCAGAAGUCUCCCGUCAAUUAGAGUGUAAAAACGUUACGCUCCAGAACAUAACGGUAUAAUAAAACGAAACAAAACGCAGCGCCGCCGUCAUCAGAGACAUCCGUUCGCAGGAUACAACCAAAAUAAUAUAUAUAUACAUACAUACAGCAACAGCAACCACUCCACAAACAACGAAGCACUUGACAACGAAACGUAAAAGAAAACUAAACCAAACGUGGAAAUUCUACAUAAUUUUAUAUGCGAAAACUCAAGGUUUUCGCCACCAAUUGAGGAUUUACAAGUGCAAUGUGAAAGUCAGCCUUAUACGAUAGCUGAAUGUGCCCCUGUGUGCGUUUGCUUGCGGGUGAGUGAAGAGUGGAAGUGUGUGUGAGUGAGAGCGUGUGUAAAUGUAAAUACCACGAAAAUCGCUGAAAGCCGAAAAAUAAAACCAGAAGCAGAGAAAGAAGCAGAACCAGAACCAGAACCAGAGGCAAAAAUCAGCGAAGACGUCGGACGUUGAUGGGACGCGACUGUAAGCAGAGACGGAGCCAGAGGCAGAGUAACGGAACUUGGCCAGAAAGAGCAACAGAAACAGAAACAGAAACAGAGCGAAGCAGCAGUAGCAGCAGCAGCAGCAGAAGAGGCCGAGCAACAGUCGCAUAUUCAACGCCGAGACGUAUGCACGCUCAAUGCUCGCCGCUGGCUGAUGGCCAAAGUCGGAAUCGGCAUCAGAAUCAGAAUCGAAACUGGGACUCUACCGACAGGAGAACUUUACCACUGAACUGAGGAGCGACCCAUUUCAUUCCACCACAUCGCCACAAAAAAAGAGGAGUACAUAUCAGGCAUUGCGAGCCAUUGAGCACACCUGUGGACUGGACCAUUACCACUACCAAUACCACUAGCAACCGAGCCCUAGGGAGAAGAGCAGGAGAACCAUGUACACUUCAAAGCGUCAACAUCAUCAUUAUCGAACGGGGUUCGUGUGGCUCCUUCUCCUCUCAACGGCCAGCGCCACUGUCAGUGCCAUUGUGGAGCCAGAGGAGGCGGCCUUUCAAGGUCACUGCGGCCACACCAGUCCCUGCGAGCAGCUCUGCUAUGAGAUCCACGACGGGAUGUACGAGUGCGACUGCAUCGAGGGCUACGAGCUGAACAAGAACGGUUACAGCUGUCAAGUUAUUAAUUCGACAGGAAAUGGAUCCGAUGGUCACGGCAAGUCCGACGAGGAUGUCCUCUAUCAGAAGGGAGCCUCGUUCAGUGCGAAGCUGGCCAACGAUGACAGCAAACUGAUGUCCCAGGGGGCGUAUGCCGGUGCAGCAGGCCCCGGUGCCACAGGGACCAGGGGCAAUGGGAACGGAGAAGAUGGGUCCGACUCCGAUGGCGAUAGCUACGACUACAGCGAGGGCGAUGACUCCAGGUCGAGGUUGCAGAAGGAGCAGCAGCAAGAGCAGCAGCAGCAACAAAAAGUCAAUUCAAACGAUUAUUACAUAUCAGCGGAGAGCAUCAAUUUCAAUUCGGAGGGCGAUGGCCCGGAGCCGGAUGUGCCCGAUUUUAGAGCGGCCAGCACGUCAAGCACAACCACAAUCAGUACCACCGCAGCGCCUAAAACCACCACCACCAGCACCAGCACCACCACAACAGGAGCCCCAGUCCCCCCCAUGACAGCGAGGGGCAGCAGCCAGAAUCAACUGGAUGUGGACUAUGGGGAGAGCAAUGGUGCGAAUGGUGGGGAUGACUACUAUAACUACAAGUCCGACAUGUCAAUCUACGACGAUGUCAACAAUAAUCAAUUAAACUUAAGACGCAACAGCAACACCAAUAGCAACAGCAAAUCGCAAACAUAUCAGUCGACAAGCAAUACGAACAAGAACUAUAACAAGAACAAUAACAGUAACAAGAACAAGAGCCGCAGGACCAACAGCAACAGCAAGGUUCAAAUGCAUAUCACGAGGGUAUACAUCAAUCGGAACAACAUAUCAGGAACGGAUGUAGAAAUGGGUGGAGUUACAGGAGCCGAUCCAGCGCCAGCGAUAGCCACCAGCACCAGCAGCAGUUCCAGCUGCAAUCUAGAUUGUGGAUCCGAUGGCAUCUGUGCCUUGGAGGCAACCGCGGCCAGCUCCCGCUGCCUGUGUCCCUUUGGCAAGACGGGCAUUGGCUGCCAGGAAGAUAUACGGGCACAUGUGCCGCGCUUUGCCAAGCGCUCCUGGCUGGCAUUUGCCGCACUUCACGGGGCUUACAAGCACGUCCAGCUGCGCCUGGAGUUCCGUCCAGAGUCCUUUGACGGCAUCAUACUGCUGAGCGGAGAACGCGACGAUCUUACCGGAGAUUUCAUGGCCCUGCUGCUUAAUAAGGGGUUCGUGGAGUUCUGGUUCGACUGCGGCUCUGGCGUGGGCAGCGUCCGAUCCCGGGAGACCAUCAUGUUGAACGAAUGGAACUCGGUGAUCAUCUAUCGCCAUCGCUGGGAUGCCUGGCUGGUGCUCAAUCAUGGCACCAAGGUCCAGGGCAGAUCCAAUGGCCUAUUCUCGCGCAUCACCUUCCGGGAGCCUGUCUUCCUGGGUGGCAUUGGGAAUAUCACCGGCCUGGCCAAGCGCCUGCCACUGGCCGAGGGAUUCUCCGGCUGCAUUCGACGCUUUGUGGCCAACGAGCAUGACUACAAGUUCACCGAGCAUCCGCUAGGCGACGUCACCAAUGGCUUCGAUAUACAGGACUGCUCGACGGACAAGUGUGUGCGCUAUCCCUGCCAGCAUGGUGGAAAGUGCCUGCCCUCGGAUCAGGGAGCCGUCUGUCUCUGUCCCAUUGGAUACGUCGGAGACCUUUGCGAGAUUCGCAUGGAUCUGCAGGUGCCCGCCUUCAAUGGGUCGUCAUUCCUUCGCUAUGCGCCGCUGGGUGACAGCGCGCUGAUCUGGCUGGAACUGAAGGUGAUCCUGAAGCCCGAACAGGCGGAUGGCCUCAUCCUGUAUUCGGGCCCAGAGCAGCGAGGCGACUUCAUUGCCCUGUAUCUGAACGAUGGCUUUGUGGAGUUUGCCUUCGACCUAGGAAGUGGACCUGCCGUAGUCCGGAGUGAGUACUCUCUCAGCAUGGGCCAGUGGCACACCAUCAAGAUCUCUCGAACUGCUCGUUUGGCUGUGCUCAAGAUCGAUCAGCACCAGGAGGUCAUGACCAUCUCCUCGAAUGGUUUCUGGCACUUGUCCCUGGAGCAGAAUCUCUUUGUGGGCGGUGUCAACCAUGUCGACCGGCUGCCGCUGGACCUCAAGUACAAGCCUUUCUUUGUGGGAUGCAUUCAGAGGAUUGAUAUCAAUGGCCACUCGCUGGGCAUUGUGUCCGAGGCACUGGGGGGCAGCAACAUUGGAAACUGCCCCCACGCCUGUGUGGCCCGACCGUGCGGACCCCUGGCGGAGUGCGUUCCGCAGAUGGAGAGCUACGAGUGCCGCUGCAGCAUCUACAACGAGCGCUGUAACAAGGCCGCCGAAGUGCCGCCAGAACUGCUACCGGCUCUCCACAAGUCCAAGGUCCUCGAGACCAAGCACAAUAAGGGUGGAGACGUAGACGGAGACACGGAGGAGGCCGUGGCCAAGAAAGUCUCAGUCCUGGCGCACAAGAAGCACUCGAAGAAGCGCAAGCAUUUGCAUAAGCCACCUGGCACCACCCCCAUCACUACCACCACAAGCACAAGCACAACCACAGCCAAGCCCCACGCCACAGCCCCACGGGUGACGGAUGAUAAAGCCACAGCCCCAGCAGGGGCCUUAAGCAAUGAGGAAAUCGAAGAUGAUAUCAUAUUCCGCUUUGUGCAGCAGCAGCAGCAGCAGCAGCAGGAGCGGCCACAGCAGCUGACGCCAGAGAUGAGAAAGCCGAAAACUCCUUCUCCUUCCGCAAAUCCUCCCCCAACUCCAGCUAUAACCAUGGCCAAGCACUCGAGCAAGCAUCAAGUGAGCAAGCACGAGCACCACCAGAAGCCAAACGCAGCCUUUGCUCACAAAUUGAGCCGCCUGCCCACCCACUAUGAAAGUUUCCAGACGAACCCGGACAGCGACAUCCUCACAUUCGAAGACAACAACGACUGGGUGGCCAGUCUGCAAAAGCAGGAGUUCGCCGAUGCCUUGGCAACCAGCAGCCAGGGCAGCCAGGAUAGUCCGAGCCCGUCGGGCGAGGACGACAGCAAUGCCUUUGUCUUUGAUGAGUCCCUGUUCGAUGCCUCGGACGGGACCGAAGAAUAUCAGCGGAAGCAGCUGAACGAGGACAUGAAGCGCAUCAUGUCCAACUCGAACACGCACAGCAACCACAAAAAGGCGGAGCCCGAAGUACAGGCUGCACCCAGCGGGGUUUCCUCCAGCGAGACAGCGCAGUACAGUGAGGACUACAACGAUGACGAUGAACUGCUGUCGCCUGUGCUACAUUCAGAGCUGGAAGUUCAUCUGGAGACCUAUGCUUCCACCACACCACAGACCCACACGGACUGGAGCCUUCUGAAGAAGUUCGACCUGUCCGCGGAGCACCAGUCGCAGGUGCAGGGAGUGCGCAAGAACUUUGGGGCCUGCUUCGCCGGCGCCGACAGCUAUUUCCACUACAACGAUGCGGACACCAUGAGCCAGAUCAUCAGCUACAACAUUGAUCUUAAUCUGCGCAUCAAGACGCAUUCGGAGAACGGCGUCAUACUCUGGACGGGCCGCCAGGGAACGACGGAUGAGCACGACGACUAUUUGUCGCUGGGCAUCGAAAAGGGAUACUUGCACUUCCGCUAUGAUUUGGGCUCUGGUGAGGUGGACAUUAUCUUCAAUGGCACCAAGGUCAGCGAUGGCCUGUGGCAUCGUGUGCGAGCCAUAAGGAACUCACAGGAGGGCUAUCUAGAGGUCGAUGGCCGCAAAACGUCCACGCAGCGAGCGCCUGGCAAACUGCGUCAACUAAACACGGAUACGGGUCUAUAUGUUGGUGGAAUGCCGGAUGUGGCAUACUUCACGCAUCGGCGCUACUACAGCGGCAUCGUGGGCUGCAUAUCGGAGAUCGUGUUGGCUGGCGAGAUGAAGCUGAACUUUGACCCAAACACCCUGGGAACGGAGCACAACGUGGAGACAGGCCUACUAUGAAACACUGCACUAACGCCUCAAGACUUUUUAUAUCGAAUAGUUUAAAUGUUAUGUUAAUUACACAAAUGUCCUUUGUCGAUUUGUGUUUGUACAAAAAUACGCUUUUAAAAACAAAACAGAAGUUUAGAGAGAGGUUGAGGGAAGAGCAUUUUUUUACACCAAGAGAAGAGGAGAGGAUAGGAGAAGAUAGGAGAUGAGACGAGAUGAGGAGUAUCGAAACUAAAUCUAGAGUGGAAAACAUACUACAUACAUAUUAUAUACAAACGUAUUGAGUAUAUACAAUAGCAUACAUACAUAUAGAUAUAUAUUUAAUGAGCAAAGGAAAUACCAAAAAAACAAAAAAAAACAACAAAGGGCAUGCAUGCUUCGUAUAGAGCCUGUGACUGUCAAUACUUCAGAAUGGAAUAGUUUAUAUAUACCUUUAGCAAAGAGGAUUUAUAUCGAAAGGAGAGUAAAAUCAUAUAGAAUAUGAUAUAUCAACCGUGUGCGGAGAAUCGUAGUUUAACAAAACGGUAUGUACGAUCAUGCCGGAAGUCCAUUUAAGGAACGAUUAACAAUUACGAUUACCGAAUAUCGAUAGCGAUACUUUAGUGUGUUGAACCGUUACGCUUUACAUGCAGAGCUGCCGUCUUUUUUGUACAACACACACACACACAAAACCCACACCACACCACACUGCUGUACACACUCAAAUUACACACAAACGCGUGCAAGUGCAUAUUGGCAACACUUUCGUUUUUCGCAUUGCUGUACCUAAAACAAAAACUAUGAACUGUAUAACUGUACAUUCUGUACUAUUUGGCGCUUCUUGGAAGAUCCUGUCAAAACACGAAACGAACGAAUCAAAGAACGGAGUAGUAGAGGAACAUAUUAAAUGGUAAGUUAAUAAAUGUGUAGCGUGUAUUAGUAUAUAAGUCGGCACAUAAACAACACACACACACAGAGGGAGAGACAACGACACGAACACAGACAAACACGCCUGCCUAAGUAACUUUUAUAUAAAACCAAUCGUAAGAUACUAAUAAAAAGACACCAAAGAAUCUUAAGCCAUACGUAAGAACACUAACACACACACACACACACACGCUGAACAAGAAUUGAAACACUACGUAUGAGAGCGAUUUUUAACAAUUUAUACUACCAUACAAGAUACAAUAUACAUACAUACAUAACAACAGAACAAAGAACUAAAAAAACAAAAACAAAACUAGCUAAAGAAAACAAAAACCAAAAGAGUAAAAAACAGCAAUUUAACAAUCCAAUAGCGAAAUUUUUAACAAAAAAUGCGAAACAAACAACUAAUCCAAUCCAAAUAGCCUGUGGAAACAUUUAUAAGGGUUCAAAGAAUAAGAGACGAAACAAAGUAACGUAAAACAAAAGCAGUGAGCAGAAAGCAGAGAAAUCGUUUGCAUUCUCAUCUUAUGAGUAUGAUUUUGUAGCUUAAAGGGAUAAUAUCCACGUAUGUAGUUAUAUACACAUCAUAAUAAAUUUGCGUAACUAUAUAUAUGACUAUGAGAACUAUAGAAAACAAAUGCGUAACAUGAAUAAAGAAAUCACAACCACCAAUCAAUGUAAAACAAAAUUAAACGACAUUCAAUGUAGCUUAUUUGUAUGAUGGAAUGGAGAUCGAAGCAUCGAGACAUUUAAUUUCGUACAUUGGUUUGCAGAAAAUAAAAAUAAAAAGCGACUCUA